AUGAUGACCAGUGUAGGCCCUCUUCUUAGCUACAUGAUUGAUCACCGUCUCGAGGAACAACCGGAUGCAGAAGACUUGACCAUCAACGUCGAGACAGAGAUAAUCCGAGCCGGACAAGAGAGUGAUUCCAAAAACAGCUCAUUCUCCUUCACGUCGCACGAACUAUUCAACGAAGACAAAUCUCUAAACUAUGAAAAACUUUAUUAUUUCCUUAUAGAAGCUGGAAUCGAAGAGGAUAAUGAUGCUGAAGUUAUACUUAACGACAUGAUUUCGACCGUCUCUGAUCUGCCUUUCUUGAAGAAUAAUAAUGAGUUAAGAGGAGUUUUGACAGUAUUGCUGAAUAUAUUGUACCCUUCGAAUGAUCCAAUUCCAUCCGACGAACCAGUAGAUCGCUAA